CCCACGAGCUGCGCUUUGGCUCUCAGGGAUGGAAGGCAGUGCCGUCCGCAAAUCGCAUUAACGACCCGUCGCGGCAGCCUUAGAGUACGUGAGAACUCGAAGAAUAAAUAGUCCUCAAGACUCAGUGCAAGCAGCUGUGCGGAGAGCUGCUAGAUUUUGCAAAAGCUGUGGCAGGCCUGCAGCAUCCGAAGCUAAAGGAGCGGUCGCGAGCAGCAGCGAUGGAAAGCGCGCCGCCCGCACAAUCGGUGACCGACGCGCAAGCAGCAUCGACGGAAGCCGCGCCGCCGGCCGGCCCGGCGGACGCGAAACCGCCGGCGUCGACGCUCGACGCGCCACAGCCGACAGAAGCAAAGCCACCGAAGCUCGAAAUCUCGCCAAGAGCCUGGGCCGAGCGCGAGCGCGACAAAGAUAAUGAUCUCGACGAAGUGCCGAGCGAGGUCACGGCCGAGACGGUACUCGCGUGUCUGCGGCGGUGCGAGGUGCAGGAGAACGAGGACCGAAAAAACGUGCGGACCGACGAGGACGUCGCCGUGCGGUCCAUCACGCUGGGGGCGCUCUCGCGCUCGCACGCGCCGGCGCGGCCGUCGGGCUGGACGCGACGGCAGCCGCGGUUGGCGCGAUUGUUGGCCGAGUUCGGGGACAAAAUUUUACCGGAGGGCUUCCCCUUCGCGUCGAUCCAGCUGAACUACGCUUAUGCCUCAGCGAUGCACACCGACAAAUCGAACGACGGCCCUUCUGCGAUUAUAGCCCUAGGUGAAUUUACGGGCGGCGAGCUCUGGACGGCCGAUCGCGGUGUCUUGCCUUGUAGGAAUGAAUUGAGGUUGUUCAACGGGAACCAGCCGCACUGCACGCUGCCGUUCAAGGGCGAACGGUACUCUUUGAUUUACUUUUCUUCUUCCGGCCACGACCGGAUGGCGCCCAAAGACGUCCAACAGUGCGAAGCGCUCGGGUUCUGUCGCCUGCCGACGGCGCCGCUGUCCCACGUUUAUAGACCCGCGGAGUUCGCGACGCCGCACAAGGAGUUCGAGUAUACCUUCGGCUACCACGUAUGCAUUGCGGCGUCCGUCGUAUCGCGUCGGCGCGUCGAUGGCGUCAGACACACAAAAAACACACAGGUCACGACGGAGGAGCGCUGCGCCUACGCCGUGUCCUCCCUAAACGCGUGGCGCGAGGACUGGGCGCCGCACGAGAUGCGCGAGGCUUGUAAAGCUCGAGCGAAGCCGGGCGAGACGCUCGGCCCCGAUUCUAUUUGUCCGGGCCUGAAACUGGGCUACGCGCGACUACGUUCAGCCGUAUUGCGCGGCCGCGACCGGGACGGCUACGGCGAGAGCCAGUCCGCGGAAUGCCCCAAAGGGUUGCGAGGCGCCAUCGUCGGCGUCGUCAUGUCCCACGAGAGGACGCGUGGUCAAGUCAUCAAGGACGGCAAGACCUACGAGCAUUUGGACAUCUUCCAGGUGUUUUACCUAAACGGUCAGUCGGAAGAGUUGGAGCUAGAUGAAAUUGCGUCAUCUCUCGAACCGAGGCAGGACAUGAGCGACGCGCCGGACGGGUUGAGUGCUCCUGAAUUAGCGAGACGAGCGUUACGAGCGCGAGGCCAUGAUGUAGGCGGUCCGCGCUACGAGGCGCCUCGAUUCAUACCGCGAGCGGGCGACGUGGCCGAACGAGUAGCCAGGAACGCUCGACUACAUCAUUCAGUAAAUGUACUAAGGAAGGGCUCGCCGGACGUCGCGCCGGCGUGCUACGAGUAUGUCCAGCGAGGCGGUGUGUACGAGGUUGAUGACCUAGUGAAUGGCGCUCGACUCGUCACGCGAAUACCGGAAGGGGCGCAAGGAGAAGAUGGCCUCGAGAACCUCGAAGUGUUGGCGGCCGCGGCCGGCGCCGUCUCCAAAGGUCGGUUAUCAUUAGCGAUCCCGCCCGACCUCAGACGACGUAUUUUAUUUUUGGCUUUGGACGUCAAGCUACGCCUGCUAGGCUUCGACGACUUCGCCUUCUCGCCGUCCUUGAACGACCUGUGCUUGGAUCACGAGACGAUGAAUGAUAAAUUUGAGGAGUGCGACGCGGCGCCUCCAUCUAGAGCCGCGGUCAAGAGAAUUGUUCUAGAUUUAGUAGCAAGGUCCGUACCAUCAUUGCCGCCCUUCGAGAAGGGCAACUUCCGCGAGCACUGCCUCGAGGAAUUGCGGAGGGAGCUGCCCAUCGAGACCUGGGCGUCGCGCGAGGGUGAUGUUGUGUGGGUAUCUCGCAGAGAUUGGGUCGACUCGCGACGGCUAGCCCAGGCCCCGGACGACCCGACGUCUUCCUUGUUAGUGGAGCGCUCUUCUACUGUAAGCAUCGGCCAGAAGUGUCGGAGGAGGUGGCUAGAGUACGGUACUAUGUACGGUAUUGUGGAGGAAGGUUCCGGGCCCUUACCGGGAGGCGGCUUCGCCAAAUACAGAGUCAGGUGGGACGGCCGUAUUGAUGAUUGGUACGCGAAGAAGCAGUGCCUCGAGUACGUGAUUAGUGAUGGGCCGAUCUGCCGGGAAGAUUUAGUACCGGCGGUCGUCGUGCCCGCGUCGUCGGCGCACUUCGAGGGGGGCGAAUUGUUACUCUACGCCAUGGCGCGCAAGGGCUGCACGAUCUGGCACCGUGCUUUGGCCGCGUCCUUUUUGUUUCUUCGACACGACGUCGUGUUGCUGUCAACGCGUCGCGGCGAUGGCGUGCUCUGUGCCCCCGCCACGCGAUGCCGUUGCUGACGCCGUCGACGCGUCGCGGCGAUGGCGUGUUCUACGCCACUCCACGCCAUCGACGCCAUCGCCGCGAGAACGCCGUCGACGCAGGCACGGGCAAAGCUAGGUCGUUCGACCUCGCGGGCGCGGCGCUGCGUUUAUUAGCGUUGUGCGACGGCAACGGCUACAUUCUAGCGAGGGACGCGCGUUUGGUCGACUACGACUCGGAGGACGCGCCGGCCUGCGACGUCAACGACGCGGCCCACGCCAACGCCGCGGCCAUACAUACAAGGAGGCAGCUCGCGCUGCGGCCCGUUGAAACGGACGUGGAAAGGAAGCCCUCGCGCGCGGACCGCCUCAAGAGACGGGCGGCCCUGCCGCGGCACGACGGGCCGGUGUCGUUCGACGACCGGGGCUCGGACGGCGAGACGAAAAAGCGGAAACGGCCGCGGCCGUCGCCGCAGACGCGCGACGCCGCGUUGCUCAUCGAACGGGCGGCGCCGAUUUCCGUCCGGCAGGAGAACCCGAAGAAGGGCAAGUCCGCGGAGCGCUACGAGCUGUACAAGGCGGCGACGACGGCGCGCGAGUACGUCGCGCUGGGCGGCACGAAGGCCGAUCUGAAAUACGACAUCCAGCGCGGCUGGGUGACGGUACUGGCGCCGCCGGUUGUCGCCGAGGCGCCGGCGCCCGCGGCCGAGGCCGGCGGCUCGCCGGGCUCGUCCGCGUCCAGCGACUCGGCGCCGCGGUCCACGGACCCCGUCUCUUAUUUGCCGAAGGUGCCCGCGUGGCCGUCGCCCGCGAAGGAGCCCUUGCCUCCUGCGCCGGCGUCGUCGGCGGCGCCCACUUGAGGGAG